GGUGUGGAGGACUGGGUGGUCAUAGGUUUGUGCCGACUAGGGUGGGUGGGAGUUGUGUGGGUUCGAUCGAUCGGCUAGGUUGGGGCUAGGUGGGAGUUCGCCGCAUAAGUGUGGUUUGAAAGUAAGGGUUGGGGUUUGGGUGGGAGUUCGCCAAAUAAGUGGGGUUCGAGAUCAGAGUUAGAGUUAGGGUUUGGGUGGGUGUUCGCUAGACUGGUUGGAACACUAGGGUGUAAAGUCAAAAUGUAUCUAAUAAAAGGAACAUAUGGAGUAUUAGAGCAACUCCAAUGGUAAGCUAAUUAGCAAAUUAGCUUUUAGGCCACAUAAGAUUUUAUAGCUAAUUUUUAUGUAGUAAGUUUGUGCCCUAGUUACUAGCUUGUGGUGUUUGCCAGAGAGAAGAAGAAUCUGUCAUGCACAUGUUAAAAAGAUUACAGUUUAGCCUGAGCAAUUUGGAGUAAGUGCAAUUAUCCUAUGGUUUUGUCUCACUCUCUUUGUAGUAUGGGUGACUGGUGGGAGCACUAUUUUGGUAAUUUUGGAGAGGAUAUGGUGAGUUUAAUUACCAUGUGUUGGGCUAUGUGGGGCGCAAGGAACAAAUGUGUGAUUGAGGGUGAAAUCCGAAUGUUGAGCAAAUUGUUGCCUAUGCUUUGAAGAUUAAUACGAAGGGGCAUGAGGUGGGAAAGUUGAAUAACGUGGGGAAUGGAGGGGUGGAAAGAGUGUCUCUGUGGGCGGGUCUCCUCCAGCAUUUGGUGUGGUUCAAAUUAUUGUUGAUGCUGGUGUUUUGGGGGAGGUGGGGAUGGGGCUGGGUGCAAUCUGCAGGAAUAGUGAGGGGGUGGUGCUUUGGAGAGCUACGAUGUAGUGGAGUGAAAAAUGAGAGACUAAGAUUGCAGAGGUGAAAGUGAUAUUUUGGGGCAUGAAGAUUGCGAGACACAAGGGUAUUGAGUUGCAUUGGGAUCGAGAGUGAUAAUCUGGUGGUGAUUGAGGCAAUGAGGAAGCGUUUGUAUGGCUACAAUUCCUUUCAUCUGAUUAUAAAGGAUAUUCUAGAUUUUUUUUUUCUAAUUUUACUAGUGAUUCAUGGUCUUUUGUAAAGCAAGGGGGUAAUAAUGUAGCUCACAAAUUGACUUACUUUCAACCAUGGGAGUUUGGCCAAUGGGUGUGGAGUGAUGUAAUCCCCUUCUCGCAUUUUGGAAAUUUCUUCGGUUGAUCUAAAUGGGUUUUUUUUUUUUUUUUUUUUUUUUUUAAAGUAUUAAAUUUGUCACUUCCAAAGUUAUUCACUAAUAAUUUUAUGUUUUACACAGAUCACUAACCAACUCAUACAAUUAACUAACUCAUACAAUUCUACACUUGCUAGUUUACAACUGCAUUUAUAAUAAAUGUAGGUGACCGUCAACUGAUGUUAAAACCGCAAAGGUAACACUACAUGUACAAUUGCAUAGUUCACACUUCACUGACAGCUAUACAAUUGCAUAGUUCACACUUCACAUGACACGAUUAAUUUGCAAUGAUGGCCACGACAAAAGAGUCAUCCUAACCACAUUUUUUUUUUGUGGAAAACUCAUCCUAACCAUAUUUAAGAUAUAAUAACUUGUAAUAGACUUAUGUUACUCUACUUUUCUUUCGUUUGUUGUAAACUCAAUUUAAUUAAUGUAAUUUCGUCGUUUUCAAAAUUUUUUAAAAAAAACCAAAAAAAAUUACAGACAAAUGGAAGUGUAAAGAUAAACUAAUACUCCGUAGUUUUUAAAACAGGUUUACUCUAAACCCUUUAAAGGUAUGUCCCAUAAUUGGACGAUCGUAUAAAGACUCGGCCCAUUUAUUUAUUAGACGGAUCUAACCCAUUAAUAACUGUGGCGGGUCAUGGGUCUGGCUUUUAAUAGGGAUCCAAGGCGUCCAAUCCAUUGAAUUCCUCUAUUGAAGCGCAGUUGCCGUUCUCCAUUGAAGAGCAGUUGCCGUUCUCCGUUGAAUCUACUUCUUGUAUCCCCCAUUGAAGCAGCUUCUGAGGCUAGUGUUACAUGUUGGAGCUUGACCAGAAAGCAGGGAACUAACUUGAUUGAGUGACAUCUUAUACAAUGGAUUUUUCUCCCUUCAAGCUGGAUCUGGACGAGCUUUUAAAAGAGUUUUCUGAGGGCGAGCUCAAAACUUUAGUAGACAUGAAAAAAUUGUGGCUUGAACGGAAGUUUUCCUACAUAUUUGAGGCUCGGCCUUCUACCGGCUUGAACAUAUUUAUGCAAGUCUUGUACAACCAUUCUAUAAGUUACAUGGUCUCCACUAAUUCUUUGUCACUGAGAUUGGGUGCCCUCUAUGCCCUCUAUUGUCUCUAUGAGACACAACCAUUCCAGCCUCCCUUCAAGAUUUAUCUAUCUCUUGGAGAAUUACAAAGACUAAAAGCUCUUGUUGUAAAUGCGAAAGAAAAUGGAAUCAAAGUGGUAUCUGUUUUGGUCAAAAGGAUGCUAGAGAAGAAUGCAUUUUUGUUUGGCUUUGUCAACAUAAAUGAUUAUUCUGAGAAGGAAAGGAUAAAGGAGUUGGUAGAUGUGCAGAAUGCCUGCAUAAAGAAGAUGCAUGAAAAAUUGUUGGCAAAUACGGAGAUUGAGCGUUAUCUUCACCUGGACAUGGGCAUGGAACUUGACCUUGAAGUGCUCAGGAAAAUGUCCAAAGAAUAUGAAGGAACUAAAAAUCUUGCUAUCAGUGAGGCUGGUAGGGUAGUCGAUAUCGAAAACAUAAAGCAUAUCGCAGAAGAUAAGCUGACAAUUGAAGAUGAAGUGCAAAAGAUAAAUGAGGAGUGGGGAAAUCAAAAGGAAAUGUUCUCUCAGUUUAUAAGAACAAACCAGCAUCCUGUUGUAACUCAUCACGAGAGAAGAGAGAGACAGCACGAGCAACCAAUGCUACUUACUGCCACCGAACAGCAGCAAAGUGACGAUGAGUUACAACACACUGGUUUCAUGGAGCUUCUUAUGGGAAAUGAAUCACCGUUGGCCGAUGGCGAUUUUCAACAGGCUCCAACUGAGCUGGAUUCGGCACCUAAUGAAGAGCAAGAUUAUGAUUUAGAGUAUGCUAAGGAUCUGGAAGAUCAAUUAUUUGGUGAUAUGUUAUAAUUCAUUUUUUAUGGCAGUGAAAACAUGUUAAUAUGUGUUC